AUGAGGGGUUACCUGAAAACAACGGGGUGGGUAUUUAAACUCCAGGCCGAAACCACUACAGUAGGAACACAUAGGGAUUGCGAUUUAUGUUUACAGAAUGGAGGAGUUGAGGAACAUCACGCCCUGAUCGAAUGGAGCAAAUCAGAGCCAUGCUUUGUGCUGAGUGACCUGAACUCUGCCCAUGGUACAUAUGUCAACGACUGUCGUAUCCACAAUGCAGCGGUGCGUCUAACCCCAGGCGAUGAACUGCACUUUGGCUAUGGAGGCUCCACCUACCAGCUAGCUGUGGAAAGCCCAUCUAUGCUCCCCUGCCCUCCCAAGAGCAUCUGGACAGCCAAUCAGAACUCCCUGCAGCUGAUAGAAGAGCCCCCCCUUGCCCAGUCUCCCUCCUCCCCCACCUCCCAGCUCCCUCUCCUACCUGGCAAUACUUCUGCCCCUGUUGCGUGGGUAUGGGGGCAAUCAUCUGUCACCCCUCAUCCCCCUAGCCGGGCUCGACCAGCCAGUGCUGGGACCAAACGGACUGGGCAGAGCAUCCCCUCCGAACAACAAGGGACAUCCUCACGAAGUUGGACUGGACACACAGGAAGCGGGCCCCCUCAGAGAACCGGAGCAAUAGCAUCUGAAAGUUCUCAGACCAUGCAGCACCUCUUACAGGAGAAGGAAGAGAGGCUGCUGCGGAUAGGAGACGAGAUCAGCAGGCUGGCUGUGUUUGAGAGUGAGUCCCAGAGGAAGGACAGGGUGAUUGCAGGGCUGAGGGAUGAGGUGUCAGCUCUGAGACACCAGCUGACCCAGAGCCAGCAGACCGACCAGGAGAUCAAACACAGGCUGCUCAGUCUGGAGAGGGACAUCAAUGACAAGAGGGAGCAGAUUGAAAGGAUGAAGGAGCAGGUACAGUGCCUUCAGAAAACAACAACCAUAGGAGUUGACUAUGCUAUAAAGGACAAACAUAUCUGGGACCAGGCUAAGAAGAUUGCACUCUCCAGCCGCAUUGAUCAACUGAAGAAUAUGAUUCAAACGUCAUUUUAUUUCUCCCUUUGUGUCCAGGAAAUGGCCACUGUCACUGCUCCUGGGGAGUAUGCCAAGCAGGGGUCAAAGUCCAGAGGUUAUCGACACAAGGAGGUGAUUCAGCAUCAGAGGGAGGCUCUGUCAGAGAUGAGGGCCAGGAUCGGAGCCUUGGAGCAAACAUGGCCCCUGAAGCGCUUCACCCAGCAGGGGGCACCUAAGAAACAAGCAGGGAGUGAGGCGAGCAAACUCAGCACACCGAGGUCUGCAGUGAGUGCCUGGCCACUCCAUGGAGCAUUGGGGGAAGAGACCCUGGAGCGCACAGCCAGACUAGACCUAUCAGACGCCCUGGACCUCAGCGAGAGGACAUACCUGGAUCUGGCACGGGCGCUGUGCGAGGCUCUGGAGUUGAGCGAGGGCCAGCUGCAGGGGUGUAUGUCCCUGCAGCACCUGCCCCAGGAGGAGAGGGCCAGUCUGGCUUCUUUGCGUCACGCAGACCUGGAGCUGCUCCGGAGCUGCAUGGCCCUACAGCACAGCCAGGCCCAGCAAAGUGAAACCCUAAUGCAGCAGCAGCAUAGAGAAAUGACUACUCUCAGGGAGAGCCAGGCGGCGGGCCAGCAACUCCAGUCCAGGCUGGAUAUGCUGAGGACCGAGCUGGAGACGGAGAGCCAAGAGAGCUGCCUGCUCCGCGAGGCCUUGCGCCACACCCAGAGUCGUCUGGAACAUGAGAUAGACCUAAACACCAGGGCCGUAAAGAGCCGUAAGGCAGUGAGUGUGGAGAAAAUCCAGAGGAGGAAUGGGAAGACAGCCUCUCACAGCUGUGUCCGUACUGAGGCCGGCGACAAGGCGACAGCGAAGACAUCCAGCCUGCUGGAGAGGCUGAAGAAGAGGGAGUACGAGGUGGAGACCCUGAAGAGGCAGCUGGGGAAGAAGGAGUUUGGCAAGAUGGCCUCCAAGCUGGAGCUGGCCAUUGUACAGCAGCAGCCUCAACAGGCCCCACCACUGACAGAGCCCUCCUAAUGUACUGUAAUCCUGCCCUACACUGGAGUGACUGGACACCAGGGGCAAGGAGACCGGCUCAAGGGUCCUUUUGACUUGAACAGCGGAGGACACUCAUUACUACAAGACUAGUGAACACUGCUCGUGUGCGUCACACCAUAGAAUUAGAAAUAUAGCACAGCAGGUCUACUUGAACUCACCGUCCCAUUCAA